GAUGAACAUCUUUGGGAUGGAGCCUCGGAAAAGCCCCUUCAACAACAAACUCUACAAUGGCCUAUGUGAAAUUGUCUAUGAUGGAAACAGAAGGACCCAUUUCCGUAUCCCCUGGAAUAUUGCACUUUUUACCUAUCAGACACAAGCUAGACAAGCCUUCACCACCGAGGUAUAUGAGAGUUCAUCUGAAGUUGUCACAAAGAUCAUGGAAGAGACCACAAGUAAUUUCAAUGUUGGAUUCUCUCUGACCAUAAAGUCUAAUCAGCUCAGUUCCACGGCUGGUGUUGGAUUCAAUCUCAACAAGUCGCGAAAUCUUGAGGUCCUGCUAAGUCACAAUCAGUCCCAGACAAAUGAAUACUUCCGGGUGAAGGGUCAAAUUCAGCUGGCAAAAUUUAACAUGCGAACCAGUCGCUAUAUACUUGAUGAAGAUUUCAUCGUGGACCUGAAGAAUCUGCCAACGGAAUAUGACAAAGGAUUGUACUUUAAAUUCCUGGAGAACUAUGGUACACAUUAUAGUGCCUCUGGGACAUUAGGUGGCGAUUAUCAAAUGGUUUACGUAUUGGACAAAUCAGAAAUGGAGAAGGAACGUAUCAACAGCGAACAGGUGAAGAGAUGUCUGGGCUUUGAUGCAAACUUCAACAUCCAACAGACAUUGUCAGAAAAACUGGGCUCAACAAGUGUUGGAGUUGACCUGAACAUCAACACUGGCAGCUGUAAGAAGAUCACAAGCAGCAACUACA